GCCAACGACUGGACUUUUGUUAUUAAUACAAAGGUCAAUUACAUACAUUUGGAGCAUUGGAAAUAAGACUCGAGGGCCUUGUUGUAAGGUGAUACAAGAUGGCAGCACAGGUUACUGAUGCGUUGAAGAAUUUGAAGGUGAAGGACCCUAAUGCUGUAGUGGAGUCUGCUGCCGAAGCAAAGGCAAAUGGAAAUGCGCAACCCGAAGCCGAAGCCGAAGAUUCAGAUGACGAUGAUGAGGAGCCAGUAAAUGGCGAAGGCGCCGGGGAAGGAGGAGCAAAGAAGAAGAGGAAGAGGAAGAAGAAGCCCAAGAAGAAGGCUGGAGCGAAUCCCAAAGUCCAAUCGUCGCCUCCACGAGUUCUCUUGUCGAACCUGUUUCCAAGCGGCGAAUACCCUGUCGGAGAGGAAGUCGAAUAUAGAGACGAAAAUAACUAUCGAACCACCAGCGAGGAGAAGCGUUAUUUGGAUCGCAUGAACAACGAUUUCUUACAGGAGUAUCGACAGGGUGCCGAGAUUCAUAGACAGGUUAGACAAUAUGCCAAAGCCAACAUUAAGCCCGGGCAGACCUUGACGGAAAUCGCGGAAGGAAUCGAGGAUAGUGUGAGAGCUUUGACUGGUCAUCCUGGAUUGGAGGAAGGAGACAAUAUCAAGGGUGGUGUCGCCUUCCCCACUGGUGUCAAUUUGGAUCAUAUUGCUGCUCAUUACAGUCCUAACGCUGGAAACAAGACUGUUUUGGCUUACGAGAAUGUCAUGAAGGUCGAUUUUGGAGUUCAUAUCAACGGUAGAAUUGUGGAUAGUGCUUUCACUAUUGCAUUUGAUCCAAUGUAUGACAAUCUUCUUGAGGCGGUUAAGCAAGCUACAAAUACUGGAAUCAAGGAAGCCGGAAUUGAUGCUAGGUUGGGAGAAAUUGGCGAGCACAUUCAAGAGACAAUGGAGAGUUAUGAGGUUGAGAUCAAGGGCCAAACUUAUCAAGUCAAGCCAAUUAGGAACUUGAAUGGUCAUGAUAUUCUACAAUGGAAGAUUCAUGGUGGAAAGAGUGUCCCAAUUGUUAAAAGCAAUGACCAGACAAAGAUGGAAGAAGGAGAGGUUUUUGCUAUCGAAACUUUCGGAAGUACCGGAAAUGGUUACGUUCGAGAUGAUCUCGAAUGUUCUCAUUACGCUAAGGUUGCUGAUGCUCCUAACGUUCCAUUACGUAUCGCAUCGGCUGGCAAACUUCUUAAUGUUAUCAAUAAGAACUUUGGCACCUUACCUUUCUGCAGAAGAUAUUUGGAUCGUUUAGGCCAAGAUAAAUAUCUACUCGGAUUAAAUGCGUUAGUCUCCCAUGGUAUCGUGCAAGAUUACCCACCUCUUGUAGAUAAAAAGGGCUCAUAUACCGCGCAAUUUGAACAUACAAUUGUCCUCAGACCAAACUGCAAAGAGGUUAUCAGUCGCGGUGAUGAUUAUUAGUCGAUUAGUUUACUAGAAAUAUAACUUCACUUUUCGCAUUGCGUGCAUGAUGAUGGGAAAAUGGAUCGGGCAUAGAUAUAUCCUUCUUGUGGCGUUGGGGAUCUCUUGCUACAAAUUGUUUACAUAGGAAUUUUGAAUUUUGAGAAUAUCAAAAUGAUACGUAGUGAACGAAAUGAUACUUUUAGGAUAGAAUUUGUCUAUUGGUGGGGAAAAUAUCACAUUUGUGAUAUAAUGUGCAUGAGAUGGGGUUUGGUGACAGGUGUAGUCUUCAGGAAAUAGUGGCAUGGGAAAUAGCA